AUGGCAGUGGCGUGCUCAAUGGUAAAGCAGCCAAAGAAAGAAUUAAAGUUCCAAGUUUCAAAUGACACGAAUAUGUUUAGUCUUCAAUUCUUUUGUGAAAUUCAAGAUAAAAAACUAUGUUCAAAAGCAAAAUCAUCUUUCGAAGAAGCAGGUCGUAUAAUAACAUCGACUUUAAUAUUAAAUUCACCUAUUAUAAUCAAUGCAACGUUUCGAAAUAUGGAAGAUCCAGAAGUAUUAGGAGCUGCAGCGCCUUUAAGAUUAAUGCCAAUGAAAGAUGAUGAUGGAAUUGAAAGAUUGUAUCCACAAGCUUUAGUCAAACAAUUUCAACUAAAUUCACAUCCUGAAUUUGCUCCUUUUGAUAUUAUUGCCGACUUUAAUUCAUUGGUCCCAUAUUGGUUUGAAGGUGAUCCUCCAAUCACCAAAAAACAAAUUGGGUUCUUAGAAUUAAUUAUACAUGAAUUAAUACAUGGACUUGGAUUUACUUCGGCGUGGGAUGAUUAUUUUAAUGAAAUUCCUGAAGCUGCUACUCCUGAAAUUAUUGGUUUAACAACAGAACCUGGUAUUACUGAUUUGAACGCUACGAUGGUCUUUCAAGGAUUUCAAGAAAGAGCUUUUGACAAAUAUUUAAUUUUUUUGCCAAAUAAUAAAACUUCAACAUCUUAUGCGAACGAAUUGAAUAAAUUUCCUAAUGGAUCAACUUUUAAAAACGUUGAUGAUUUUGUCAAUAAAUUUACCGCUUCGCCGCAAUAUUUACACACUCUAAAUUCAACAUCAGCAUUAUUGGAGAACAUAUUGGCCGAUAUUAUUAGAUAUAUACCACUCUCUUCAUUGAAUGAAUUCUUAUCUAAAAUUUAUGCUUCCUUGUUGGCUACUUUUAGAAAACUUAGGCUAAAUUGUAUUCUAUACAUCGCUUCUAAAUUAAUUGAUAACAUAAAUAAUGGUACUCGAGAAGAUAUUGGACUACAUAUCCUUUAUGUUCUCUUGUCUAUUACUAAAGCAAAGUCAAUGACAGAAUGA